AUGGCGGAAAAAAUUGGCUUAAGGUGAAAAUCGCUUUCUCUGAAAAUCAAAGACGAACGGGUAAGAGAGAAGUAGUAGUCGAGAAGACAACAAAAAAAUUGUGAGAGAGAGCUUUUGAUUGAAGUCAAACACUACUCGGAGUUUUUUAUCGGUAGAGAGAGAGAGAUCCACGGAUUUUAUCAUCGGAUGUUAUAUCUGUUCGUCGGUGGUUAUCGGAGGAUAUGCUCCGUGGUUGAUUCGGGGGGUGAUGAUGGUGGCGGUUGAUGAUCGAGAUAAAUAAGGAGCGAUGUUCGGUUAUUUUCUUAUUUGUUUCGUUGUGAGUUUGUUGCUCGUCUCUUAGGUGUUUGUUCGGUAGUAGAAGAUGAUGAAGAAGGGGAAAGGGAAGAACAGUGGCUUGUUACCGAAUUCCUUUAAGAUUAUAUCUUCUUGCCUCAAAACUGUAUCGGCUAACGCCACCAACGUUGCGUCGUCUGUUCGUUCCGCUGGAGCCUCCGUCGCUGCUUCAAUUUCCGCUGCUGAAGAUGACAAAGAUCAGGUGACAUGGGCUGGCUUUGGCAUUCUUGAACUGAGUCAACAUGUCACCAGACAUGUUCUCUUACUCGGUUAUCAGAAUGGCUUUCAAGUCUUUGAUGUUGAGGAUGCCUCUAAUUUUAAUGAACUCGUCUCUAAACGAGGUGGUCCAGUUUCAUUCUUACAGAUGCAGCCAUUACCUGCAAGGUCUGGUGAUCAUGAGGGUUUUGGGAACUCACAUCCUCUUUUGCUGGUUGUUGCUGGGGAUGACACAAGCGGCACUGGUUUGGGUCACAGUUUUUCCCAGAAUGGUUCAUUAGCAAGAGAUGGUAAAUCAGACUCUAAAGCCGGGGAUGCCAUCAAUUAUCCUACCACUGUUCGCUUUUACUCCCUUAGGUCCCACAGUUAUGUAUAUGUCCUGAGAUUUCGGUCAUCUGUUUGCAUGAUUAGAUGCAGCUCCCGAGUAGUCGCUGUUGGCCUUGCAAAUCAAAUAUAUUGCUGUGACGCACUUACUCUGGAAAAUAAGUUCAGUGUUCUAACCUAUCCUGUUCCCCAGCCAGUUAGACAAGGGACAAUCAGGGUUAAUGUUGGCUAUGGUCCGAUGGCUGUAGGUCCAAGGUGGCUUGCAUAUGCGUCCAAAAGUUCCAUGACCAUGAAAACAGGGCGCCUAAGCCCACAGACUUUUACGUCUUCACCCAGUCUCAGCCCAAGUUCAUCAUCAGGUGGAAGUAGUAUUAUGGCCCGUUAUGCCAUGGAGUCCAGCAAGCAGUUAGCCAAUGGAUUAAUCAACCUGGGGGACAUGGGAUACAAAACAUUGUCAAAAUACUGUCAAGAUAUGCUCCCUGAUGGAUCUACUUCUCCAGCAUCACCAAAUUCAAUCUGGAAAGUUGGUGGGGUUACUGGAUCAGAUGCAGAGAAUGCUGGAAUGGUUGCUGUUAAAGAUCUUGUUUCUGGAGCUUUAGUAUCACAGUUCAAGGCUCAUACGAGUCCUAUCUCAGCACUUUGCUUUGAUCCUAGUGGAACUCUAUUGGUUACUGCUUCAGUGUGUGGGAACAAUAUCAAUGUCUUUCAGAUCAUGCCAUCUCGUUCACAUAAUGCACCUGGUGACCUAAGUUAUGAGUGGGAAUCUUCUCAUAUGCAUCUUUUCAAACUGCAUAGAGGAAUCACUUCAGCUAUUGUCCAGGACAUUUGCUUUAGUCAGCAGAGUCAGUGGGUGGCUAUUAUUUCAUCCAAGGGUACUUGCCAUAUUUUUGUUUUAAACUCGUCUGGUAGCGACGCUGCGAUUCAACCUUGUGAGGGUGAGGAGCCUACCCGACUUCCAGCUUCAUCCUUGUCAUGGUGGUUUACUCAAUCGUUGUCAAAUAAUCAGCAGUCUUUAUUGCCACCACCAGCUGUUGCCCUUUCUGUUGUAAGCAGAAUAAAGUAUAGCAGUUUUGGGUGGCUUAACACAGUAAGCAAUGCUGCUACUGCUGCAACUGGAAAAGUUUUUGUACCAUCGGGUGCCGUGGCUGCUGUUUUUCAUAAAUCCGUCACUCAUGACCAUCAGCUGAACUCCCGGACUAACGCGUUGGAGCAUGUCUUAGUCUAUACUCCAUCAGGCCAUGUGGUGCAGCAUGAACUUCUGCCAUCAGUUUGCACAGAAUCACCUGAAAAUGGUUCGACAGUGCAAAGAACAUCUCAUGUUCAAGUUCAGGAGGAUGACUUGAGGGUCAAAGUUGAGCCUAUUCAGUGGUGGGAUGUAUGUAGAAGGUCUGACUGGCUGGAGACUGAGGAACGACUUCCCAGAAGUAUCACUGAAAAGCAAUAUGAUUUAGAGACUGUGUCAAAUAACUUGACAAGCCAUGAGGUUGCAUGUCUUUCCCUUGACAUCAACAGCCAUUUUGGUGAAGAUAAGUAUUUGAUAAGUUGUUCUGAGAAGCCCCCUGAAAGAUCACAUUGCUAUCUUUCUAACUUUGAGGUAAAGGUAACCUCGGGGAUGCUACCAGUGUGGCAAAAUUCAAAGAUUUCUUUUCAUGUUAUGGAUUCUCCAAGAGAUAGUAGUUCCACUGGUGGAGAGUUUGAGAUAGAAAAGGUUCCGGCUCAUGAACUUGAGAUAAAACAGAAAAAGCUGCUGCCAGUUUUUGACCAUUUCCACAGCACCAAAGCAACAUUGGAAGACAGGUUUUCCAUGAAAUGUUAUCACACCUCCGCAUCGGGAUCUCAUCAAGUUAAUGGAAAAAUAUGCCAAGAUAUUAUCAACUGUCACUCUAAGCCAGGAUCGGUUGAGUCCGCCGAAAGUUCUGAAGAGGGUUUAACGAAACAGAUGGAGAAUCUCCGUGAUUCGGAUCAUCUGAACAACUCUUUCAAGUCUUCUUUAGCCCUUUACCCAACAGUAAAUGGGAUCUACAAGGAAAUCGAGAAGAAGAACACAAAUGGGUGGAUUGAGAAUCCCGUAACAGCCAACCUCUCUACACUCAAAGAAACCAGGAUCACAAAUGGCUUUACCACACCACCGAUUCACACCGAUAGUACUGUCAACGAACAGAUGCUCUCUACAGGAAAACCUCCUAUGGGCUUUGGUUUUGCUUUGCAUGAGGAGCACUGUAAAGCAGUAGCAGAUCCAAAAGAAGAACACUUGAAAAAGAAGUUAGAUGAAGUUACUAAUGGUCAUCAUCUAAACGUCAACAACAUAGAGAAACUACAAGGAGAUGAAAUGGUAUAUGGUAUGGUCUCCUUUGUAGGAGAUUAAAUCUCUCUCGGAACCACAAUCACGUCCUCGAGUCUCUCUGCGGUAAAUAGUUCAAAAGUCCUGAAGGCUUCUGGAGUUUGUAUAUUAUAUAAAGAUUUCCUCCGAGUUGGUGGUAAUAACUUCCUGUCCCUUUUCUUCUUUUAUAUAAGAUAUGGCUGCCCGAAUAUGCCAAAAAAUUAUGUACAUUUUUAUAGAUGGGAGUUUGGUAUAUAUGGGUGUCGUUGGGGCGUGGUUGAAACCUUGAAAGGAAAAGAAAAUGAAUAUUUUCGAAUUUGGGGUUUCUAUGUUGUUUUAAACCCUACUAGUGAGCCCUAAUCUUUGUACAGUUUGAUCCAUGUGGAGAUCAACACUUUGGUCUAAAACUACACCAAUGUUUUUUUUUUUUGGUAUCUCCUGUUGUUUUAAGUGAUUAUGAUGAAUUGGAAUUCGUUUUGUUAUGUGACUUAUGUUUGAUCGGGGAUAUGUUUUUGAGUACU